AUGGAUCUCCUCCAGCUGCUCGUCUGUCUCUCCCUCGCUCUCGCCGCCCAUGUCCACGCCGCCGGGCCUGCGCUCGGCGAACUCGACCAGAUCUACUUCGGCGUCUGGGUCGACCCCGACCUCGGCUUCCAGGACACCCCCACGCUCUUCAACAGCCGGCUCCAGCGGAAUGCCUCCGUCUUCCACAUCGCCCAGCGCAUGCCCCUGCUGCCCUACAACUACACCACCGGCGUCGGGGGGCCCGCGCCCGAGUAUCUCAUCGAAAACACCGCCACCGACGCCGCCGUCUUCCUCACCGUCUACCCCGCCGCACUCAACACGAUCUCCGACGCCGACUACACCAUCCUCGGAACUCAACUACUGGCCUACACCAAGGACUUUAACCGAACAGUCUUCCUGAGAUGGGCACCCGAAAUGCAGGGUCGAUGGAACGAAUAUGGGCAGCAGCCGGUGGCCUUCGUCCAGGCAUGGCAGGCGAUGUACAAGGCCGUCAAGGCGAUCGCCCCGGAGACGAUCGUCGUCUGGGCACCCAACUUGGGGCACGACUACCCCUACGGCCAGACCGCCAACAUCGACCCCACCGACAUGGCCGUCCUCGACACCAACCAGAACGGCAGGCUGGACAAGGGCGACGACCCGUACACGCCCUACUACCCCGGCGACGACUACGUCGAUUGGAUCGAUUUCAAACAAUUCUCACGGAACAUCAAUGCUGCCCAACCGGCCGGAUUCUGUGCGGACAUCCUGACGGGGAUCGAGACCCAGACACGGGCGAACACGGGCUUCGACUGGUACAACCAGUUCUGUGCCUCGAAGCCGACGAAGGCCUGUCUGAUUGCCGAGUCCGGCGCGGCCUACCACCCGGACGUGCCCGGCGGGGCGAGCGAGCUGGCCAUCAAGCAGGCCUGGUGGCAGGACUGCAUCACCAACACCACCUUCCUCCAGGCUUACCCCCGCAUCAAGCUCCACAUGCACUUCGAGUUCCAGAAGGUCGAGGCGGAUAUCGGGCCGCCCGAUGUCCGUGACUACCGACUCACGAACACCACCGAGAUCCUGACGGCCUUCCAGACCGACCUGAACACCGUCCAGAACAACUAUCUCUGGGCCCAAUACCGCCCGAUCACCCGGCCGAUCCAAGUCAACGGUCCCGGCGUCUCUGCGCCGGCCACCUCGAGCUUCUCCGUGCCCACCCUGGUCCUCCAGACGGCCCGGAACCCGCACGUGUCCGGGCUGCCCACGCUCUUCGGUGUCAAGCGCCACAGCGGCGUCGACAAGCGCCGCACCGCCCUCGCCAGGGCCCUCUGCGUCGUCGCCGCCUCCAGCCUCGUCCUCGUCUCCGGCUGGCUCGGCCACUCGCGCAAAAACGCCAUCCGCCGGAGACGCCCCGUCCCUCAAUGA